AUGGCGGCAGACAUCCCUGGCUUUUACUAUGAUCCGGAGAAGAAAAAAUACUUUAAGAUUCAGGCCAACCAUGUCGCACCUCCAGGAUCACAGUAUUCCAAGGAAUCCAUCAAGAGAAAACGCAAGGACAAAGAGAAACACGAGAAGAGAGUCCAGAUCAAACAACGUGAAGCUCGAGAGACGGUCCGCAAAGCGGCUUUCCUGCACCACCCGUUGCUCGGUGCCUACAGAGAGAUCGGGUCUCCACUCCCUGCUACAGCCCGACUCGACCACCAAGCGCAAAUUUAUGCGAGUCAAUUACGGCGGAAAAAGCUCCACCAGUUCGAGCCUUUCCCGAAAGACUACUCCAUACGCCAUGUCUUGAGGAACCCUCGCUCGGGGAUUCUAAUAGCUAGUGGUCAUCAUGGAGGUUCCUCAUCAGCCUCAAUAUGCUUUCCAGAUCCUGACGAAGAGCAAUGGACGUAUGAUCGCACUAUGGAGCGAAUGCUCUUCAAAGACAACUUCAGAUUAUCUUCAAUAUCAUUGAGUCAUACAGGCUAUCUCUUGGCAACAAUGGACAGCGGUCCAGAAGGCGAAAGCUAUCUCGCAACUCGCAUGCUUCCAGACCCUGAUGAGGACGGUGACUAUCGCUGGCCUAACAUCUUUGCACACCCCAUCCGCAUCAACACCACAUCCUCGAUGUGGUGUUCAGCAGCAUGUCCGACCGGCAACAAAGCUCUCUUCGCCAUCGGCACCUCAGACGGGCUACACACACUCGAAGGUUUCGGCAGUCACUGGACUCUUUCGCAAAAGCCAUUUCCGGGCGAAGUAAGUGCAAACAGUCCAAACUUCCGUCGACAUGGUAAUUCCACGCACGCGAGCGUCAACGCAGUGGAGUGGCUUUCGUCGGAUGUCAUUGCCUCGGGGCUCAGAAAUUCAACGAUCUUCCUCCAUGAUCUCCGCAGUGGAGGCAGUGCUGCACGACUCAAACACCCCCAUUCAGUCUCCAAGAUUCGCAAGGUCGAUGAGUAUCGAAUGGUCGUUGGAGGGUACAACUCACUUCAAAUGUAUGACAUACGUUUUGCCCCAGAACCAGACGGCAAAGGCAAAAAGCCUAAGCCAAAACACUGGCGCCAUAGCUCUACCCGUCCCUACUUGACCUUCCCCGACUACUCUCCCGAUGUGAUCCCGGACUUUGAUGUCAGCACCGAGCUCAGUCUGGUGGCAAGCGCCUCGGAUGACCGCAAAAUCCAACUCUUCUCCCUCCAGACGGGCACUCCAGUCGCCUCGCCUCUUUCAAAGUACCGAUACUCCGAUCCGAUUACGUGCGUAUGCUUUGAAUCGAGUGAAGGCCAGUUGAAUCGUCAUGGGCCUCAGACUCCCAGCCUCUUGGUUUGUGCAAAAGCUACAGUUGACCAGUGGAUCUGGUAG